AUGGAAGAACAAAUGAAAAAAAAUUCUGGUUGUGAAAAUAACGCUAUCAUUCAAGACUUUGAACAAAUGAUAAAAGAUUAUACGGAAGAAAUAAAUUUAUUUAAACAAACAGUAAAAAAUGAAAAAGAUGCACUCAAAUCUGAAGAUAUAUUUCCUUUAGUUGGAAGUGUUUAUCGAUUACCUGUUAAUGGAAAAAAAUUCGUGAACAAGUCAAUACCUUAAAAAUAAGUCAAACUGAUAUUUCAUUAGAACGAGAAGCUUUUGCUGAACUAUCAGCUAGAGCUAAUCCAUCAACAAUAAUGCAUCAAUUCAAAUCUAUUAUUUCCAACAAAUAAAUUUGUUUUUAUGAUAAAAUUUAAUCUGAUAAGAAACACUGGAAAUGAUUUACCUAUUCAAGACGUAUACCUAUUUAAUAAUAUAUCGUUUUGAAUGUUUCUUCUGUGGAUGAUUAUUAACAAAAAAAAAACGUCGGAGUUCGUCACCAAUCUCAAAUCAAUAAAUUGUCUAUGUCGUUUUCAAUAUUACAUCGUCCCGCCUCAUAUUAUACCUAGGAUUUAAGUUGUUCUCAAAUUUUCAUGUGCUUAGUGUCUAUACACCAGUUACAAUACUUUCCGUAUAUAAUUUCGUUACUAAUAAAGACCAUCAUUCGCAGAAUGUUCCAAUAAAACUUAUCAAAUCUAUUUUAUAAAUUCAGUUUGAUGCGACUCGAGUUGCUCUUCAAUUUUUUUUAUACUGAAUAUUUUCCAUUGUUGCUUUAUAAUAAUUUCUGAAGAGAAAAGUCUUUCGUUGAAGGAUAUGGGUGUGAGGCAUGGGCGGGGGUGUAUGUAGGUGUGGGGCGUGGAUGUGAGUGUGGUUGAAUAGUUUCUCUUUAGUCACACUCGCACUCCAACAACAUCCCACCCGCACCCACAUCCUCUUUUGAACAUAACAAGCCUUGAAAAAAAUUCUCGUCUUGUAUUUCAGAAUGAAAAAUGCAGGCAACACAAAAAUGAAAACACACAGAUGUAAUAUGGUUCAACAGCCCAAUUCACACACUUUCUUCCUAAUGAAAGGUAGACAAUGGAGCAACAAAAAAAAGGUAUAGAAAAGACUAUCAUUAUCAAGCCAAAAAUGAUUGAAAUUACGCCACCUAAAUAGCUAGGAAAUGCUCAUACAAUGGAAGUGACGGAGGUCUUAUCAUACCAGCAUGUACUCGAUAAUCCUUUCUAAAGAUGGAUACAAUAAUUAGGGAUGCACUGGUUCCCGUUUUGAUCGGUUUCAAAUAACCCAAAAUCCGUCGACACCAUGCAUAGAGAAAUCGGAAAAUCCAGGUCGAUGAUUCUUGAAGGCGCAUUCCAUGAAUUUCCGGCAGGAAUUCGCAGGAAAGGCACCAUUUCCCGCCAAAACCUGUCUGAAAAUGCCAGCAAAUCGAUGCAGAAACCGGUGAUCAUAUAUGACUGCCGAUUUUGCCAAGUUCUGGACAGUUCCGCACGGAACUGCAUAAACUCAGUCACCGGGUUUCUGCUUCCAAGUUCCUAGCAUUUCCGGUGUUUUCCCGCACGAACUGGCCCGUACUUCUCGACCAGGGUAAUGAAAAAUCUAAUGAUGAUCGGUCCUGACUGAUUCCGAUCUCAGUUCCAGCCGGUUUCGGUUUCGGUUCCGAUCGAUUCCACCGGUUCCGAUUUUAGAACCGAAACCGGUGCAUUCUUAGACAGAAUCAUUUUGAUUAGAAUUAUUCUAAUACACGAUAGAUUUUACUAUAAAAGAAAAAAUUUCUAUGAUACAAAUCCAUUAAAACUCUUUCAACUUCACGAUCAUUACAAUCCGCCCAUACGUAGGAAAAUUGUCUCCAUCAAAAUGAUCGAUGUGAAGCUAGCACAACACAACGAAUUACCACGACGAGCCAC